AUGUCGGAGCUGCGCGGUUCGCCGGACGGGUUCGCGCCGCUGGCCGCGCUGAGCUCGAUGUCACAGCCGGCGCCCAACCCGCACGGCAUCGACCACAUCCUGGCGCGGCCGGCGGUGGGCUCGCCGCUGCUGCCGCCGCGCCUGUCGCUUGCGGCGGCGGCCGCGGGCAUGGCCCACUACCUGCAACACAAGCCGCUAUACUGGCCCGGCUUUCAGGGCCUCGUCAGCAACCCCAUGGCCUGGAGGGAGAGGCUGCAAUCGAUGUCGAACUCCGCGCUCCAAUGCGGCGGCGACAAGGAUGGGAAGAAGAAGCACACAAGGCCAACCUUCAGUGGACAGCAGAUUUUCGCGCUGGAGAAAACUUUCGAGCAGACGAAGUACCUUGCGGGGCCGGAGCGAGCGAAGCUGGCGUACGCGCUCGGCAUGACGGAGUCACAAGUCAAGGUAUGGUUCCAGAACAGACGGACGAAGUGGCGGAAAAAGCACGCGGCGGAGAUGGCGACGGCCAAGCGCAAGCAGGAGGAGCUGGGUGACGACUGCGACGAGGAGCAGGAUGCGUCAGACGAGGACGACGCCAAGCGGCCGCGCCUCGACUACCGCCAGUGA